AGAUAAAAAAUGCCUCUAGAGCGACGAUCCACCCCUCCGCCAACCCAGGAGAAGAUCUGUUAUUGCGUUAACACAAACAUUCAGAAAGCAUCAACAUUCAGGGCUAUCUGCGCAGGAAUGUUUUCAAUAUUGACCUUAAUUCUUUCCUUGGUCCUACCGCUGUGGGUUAAAACAACAGAGUUUGUACCGGCCAGACCACCACAUACAGGAAUCUGGGAGAUAAAAAUCAAUAUAGGCAUGUUCUCUGUGUGUCCCUACAUCACACGACAGAGCUUAGAAAAUCUGUAUUUUUAUGAUCCUGAGAAAGAGAAUACACUAAACUGCACUUCUAUUCAUAUUUUCAGUGAUUGGAGCGGGAUAGAGCAUAGUAAACUGGGACUAUGGACAAAGAUAUCUAACUCCACGAAUGUUAUCUACGGUGUCAGGGUAUGUCGAGUGUUUGUCCUACUGGGAUUUGUUUCUAUCCUCAUCUCCGUGGUUUUAACCCUUGUUGCUCAGUUUGUUAGAAAGCAUAGUCUGCUUGUUGCUGCACUGCUCUAUGCGUUCGGAGGCUUAAUGCUCGGGUGUUGUCUUAUAAUCCUGGUUUCAGCUGUAUCAGAUGAAUUCAGCAUCUACCAGUCAGAGGACAGUAAUCCUGACAGAUAUACAUAUAAUUGGUCUCUACUCCUGGCACUUAUUUCAUUCCUUUCAUCAGAGGUUUCUUCUCUGCUUUCCUUCUCUGCGUACAUGGAUCAGUUUUCAUCCCAUCAGCAGUUUUUAUAUAUCAUCCCGGGCAUGACCAGAAAGAUAUCAGAGAUGAAAUUAAGACUGCGGCAAGAAAACACAUAUCAUCACACCACCAGGAUUGCUGAAGAGGGCGAUCUAGGCCAUUCAGAUUCUGUAGAUCUUUUAAGAUGUUCAUUUGUUCAUUGUUCGAGCCCAGAUUCCAGUUUAGAUUCUCUCAGGAACUUGAGGAAACAGGACGAAAGCCCAAACUUCCACCAAAACCAAUCCCAAUCAUCCUUCUCCCAAUCUUCUUAUUCCCAAACCCAUCUGAAUCCAGCAAUCAUAACUAAAUCCCAACCCAACAAUAAUCAAAUUACAACAAGUGUAGAAUCUAUUCCUCAGUCCAGUACUCUGAACAGGUUAAUUUACAGAGAUACAAAUGGAGAUCUAGAUUCUGGGAACAAAAUCAUUUUCGACGAAGGAGAGAGAAUCAAGUGUGAACUCGCAACAUUCCCCAGACCAAAGAAGCGUGUGGCAAUUCUAGAGAACUGUAAUAUAAGUGUUCCUAGUCCUGUAUAAAUCAUGACUAAAGGGUUCCUAGUACUGUAUAAAUCAUGACUAAAGGGUUCCUAGUCCUGUAUAAAUCAUGACUAAAGGGUUCCUAGUCCUGUAUAAAUCAUGACUAAAGGGUUCCUAGUCCUGUAUAAAUCAUGACUAAAGGGUUCCUAGUCCUUUAUAAAUCAUGACUAAAGGGUUCCUAGUCCUGAAUAAAUCAUGACUAAAGGGACUUUACAUAAAACUUCAAGUAACCCUCCAUGUAAUUUCCUGUAUGCGAUAUACGCACACCACGAGCUUAACACGAGCGCACACUGGAUAUUGGAGCUGAGCAUAAGCGGUGUUCAGGAAGUGUGCACAAUACAUACAGAGCGUCCCAUAUUAUAUUAGAUUAUGUCCAAGCUGUAAUGCCAAAAUAUGCACAUAAUACUCGAAAAAUCUAGCAUUUUCUGCAAAAAAAAUUUCUAUUAGCCUUAUCAAAUUUUCAAAAU